AUGAUAGGACAAGAGGAAUGGGAUAGUGUUGACGAUUUUUCCGUAGAUUCUUUGCGUGCUGAAGUGUCUUCCACUUCUACCGCUUUAAGUACUUUUACUCCUAGCUCUCCUCCAGAAGAAAUUAAUGCCGAUGAGCUUCCUAAUGAUAAUGAGGUACCCAAGAAUUCUUCAGCCGAGAUUCUACAAAAAAUGGGACUUGUUCAAUAUAUGAAAACAGAUGAAAGAGCAGGUGUUAAACAAAUUUUUUCAACGAAUUCUAUAUGGAUGCUUGGAAUUGAAUAUAAAUUUCCGGAGGAUUGCGGUUCCGUUAACCUUCCCAAAUUUGACAGAGGUGAAAAAGCUCGAAGUAGUAGGGCGUCGUCAUUUUUAAAUUUAGUGUUUGGAUCUUCUGAAGAAGAUGAUGAUUACGAUGAUUUAUCGGUAUAUAGUGAUGAUCAUGUUCAUACUCAUAAGUUAGCCAAGUCUCGUUCUUUUUCACAGGCUACGUCUGGUGUUGACAGUCAGCAAUUAGGAAUAUCUCAACAAAAACCAUCUACCAAUUCAUCAUUGAUGGGUCAAAGUAUCGUAAUCCGACGUUUAAGGUCAUUAUCUUUCUCCCAAAAAUCUCCUCCUCCCGAAAAUACUACUUUCCCAGAGUUAUUACAACCAAAUAGUGAGAUUCGUGUUAACUCUGGAUCUUUGAAUCCCGUAUAUCAUAGGCAAGGUGGAAAACGUAAUAAUAAUAAUAAUUCGUUUUCGUUAAACAAAAAGCGAUCUUCAAUUGCUCCAAAUUUUUUACGUAAUUUGAAUCAAGGUCUUGAACCUUUAAAUUUCAUGUCUCACAGUGUUUUUUCUUCAAAACCUAAAAAGUCUAGAAGAAAGACUUUUGUUGGAAUUUUUUCUGGUAAGGAAAAAAAUAAGCUUGAUACUCCUACUCGAAAAUUAUAUCCGCAUGUAGAAAUGGAUAGUGAUUUGGAUUCUAAAUUUUCUGAAAAUGAGUCAAAUCUUAAAUAUACAAGUUUCGAAGUUAUUGAUAAUUCUAGGAAUCAACUCUCUGAAGUUUCAUAUCCCGAAGAUAUUAUAUAUAGCUCUGAAGAAAGUGAUGGAAGUGAUAUUAAUAUAAGAAUAGAUGAUAUUGAACCAGAUGCGCUCUCUGGUGACAAUAUCUCUGUCGAAACCGUAACAAGAGAGUCUGCUACACAAAAUGACAUUAAAUGUUUUGAUUUAACCAAAAAUGCUAACGUUAAAGAUGUCUUAAAUGAUAAUGUACUAUCACAACAGACAAACUUACAUGAACGAAAGAUAUCAGAUGCUGGAUCUGUUCGAUCAAUUAGUUCAUUCCAGUCAAUAUCAAAUCCAACUAGUCUUUAUAGACCUGAUUCUCUUGGUUCAUUGUCACCAAAUCAAAGUAAACUGAUGGACUUUUAUUUGGAUUUUCAAUCGAGAAUUUUUUGUUGUUAUCGGAAAGAUUUUCUUCCUAUCGAACCUGCCUUUCAUACCACAGACACGGGUUGGGGGUGCAUGCACAGAACCGGGCAGAGUUUAUUAGCUCAAGGGUUUUUAUUGACUCUUUUAGGGAGAGAAUGGCGGUUACAUAACCCUCAAUCAGAUUCUAACACAUUGAUAUAUCGAAAAAUUUUGCGAUGGUUUAUGGAUGGUCCAGAGCCUGAACAAUACUAUUCUAUUCAUAAUAUCGCACGUACAGGAAUUUCAUUAGAUAAAAAGAUUGGAGAUUGGUUUGGUCCUGCUAAUGUAGCACACGUAUUAAAGAGAUUAUCAUCGAAUCACAAAGAAUGCCCGCUAGUUAUUCACGUCCCAGCAAAUAACAGCAUAUAUAGGGCAGAGGUAAUUAAUACAGCUAUAGGAGAACAUGAUGGUAAUUUAUUCAAUGAACAAAAGCCAUGGAAACCUGUACUUAUAUUACUUUCAGUUAGACUAGGUACCGACAGAUUUAAUCCAAGUUAUUCUGGAAACUUGAAGACUUUGUUUACUUUUCCUCAAUUCUUGGGAAUUGCAGGUGGUAGACCAAGAAAGUCUUUAUAUUUUGUAGCCGUUCAGGAUGAUGAACUAUUUUAUCUUGAUCCACACUUCGUCCGACCUGCAAUAAAUCUCAAUAAAACAACUGAAUUUCCAAUUGAAGAUUACCAUUCUACUAUCGUUCGGGGAAUGGAUAUUACUGAAAUGGAUCCCUCAAUGCUUUUGGGAUUUUUAUGUCAAAGAUCUCAGGAUUUUGAUGAUCUUUGUCAGCGAGUUGAACAGGAAAUGAAUUCUCAAUUUCCAAUUUUCACCAUAUUAAAUAUUAGCGAUCUAGCUAAUGACUAA